UUACUCUGUUUAGGAUUUAGGAUUACUCUCUAUGUCCCUAUCGGUGUGUCGUGUGAAACUGAGCCUUUUCUGCCUCUGUAUUAGUGAAUGUUUCUCUUGAUUUUGUGAUGGUGUGGGUGUCUUGGUAAACAAAAAAUUUGAUCUUGCAUUACCCUUGGGAAACCCGAAGUUACUAUCUGAAGGUGGGAGGGUACCCUCACUUUGUGACCCCUAGCUGACCACAAGGACCUAAAAGAAGGCUGAUAGGCCACCGUAACCUGAUCAACUUGACUGAGAUUGUCCCUUUUUUGUUUUCUUAAGGUGCUGUGUUGAAGCUAUUUGUAACAGUCAAAAUAGACUGAGAUUUUGUGGUUGAUUUGGUGGCUACACAUUCUUGGACCUACAAGACCUAAGGAUUUUAUGUUGUUAAAAUGGUAUCAUAAUGUUGCUGCCAUUAAUCAAGGUUUUGUUUUGCUACUGUUAUCAAGGGGAGAAAGAAUAUUAUGAAAAACAACUUGCUACUUUAAGGUCCUUUGAAGAAGUUGAUUCCUUGAAAUCCCCUUGUGAGAUUAAUGAAGAUGAUGACAAGAAGGAACAGGCCCAGCAUGAAAGGGCAAUGAAUGUCUCAAAUUGGGCAAACAUCUUUUUGCUUGCUUUUAAGAUUUAUGCCACCGUACAGAGUGGAUCUCUCGCGAUUGCAGCAUCGACUUUGGAUUCUUUGCUUGAUUUGAUGGCGGGUGGCAUCCUCUGGUUCACACAUUUGGCGAUGAAAAAUAUAAACAUCUACAAAUACCCAAUUGGAAAAUUGAGAGUCCAGCCAGUGGGGAUUAUCAUCUUUGCAGCAAUCAUGGCAACUCUUGGUUUUCAAGUUCUGGUGCAAGCGGUUGAACAACUGAUUGCAAAUACGCCAUCCGAUAAAAUGGGUUCAUUACAAUUGGUUUGGCUGUACACAAUCAUGUUGACAGCUACCGGAGUAAAACUUAUUCUCUGGAUUUAUUGCAGAAGCUCGGGAAACAAGAUAGUGCGAGCAUAUGCUGAUGAUCACUAUUUUGACGUGGUGACAAAUGUUGUCGGGUUGGUUGCUGCUGUUCUUGGCGAUAGAUUCUAUUGGUGGAUUGACCCUACUGGAGCAAUAGCCCUUGCUCUCUAUACAAUCAUCAAUUGGUCAGGCACCGUGUUGGAAAAUGCAGUUUCACUAGUUGGACAGUCGGCUCCGCCAGAAGUUCUGCAAAAGCUAACAUAUAUGGUCUUGAGGCACGACCCUCGAAUAAAACGAGUGGAUACAGUCCGAGCCUACACCUUUGGUGUUCUCUACUUCGUUGAGGUUGACAUAGAGCUUCCAGAGGAGUUGCCACUGAAAGAAGCACACGCGAUUGGAGAGUCGUUGCAGAUAAAGAUUGAAGAACUCACGGAAGUGGAGCGUGCAUUUGUUCAUCUCGACUAUGAAUGUGAUCACAAGCCAGAACACUCGGUUUUGAGUAAAAUUCCCGACACUAAACCAUAGAAUUGCAUUGUAUUAUCAUGUGUCAUCAUAUAUCUCUGGAGGAGAGACAGAGGGAAUUCUCAUUUCUCUGUAUGAGUUAUUUCAUACUGGGUAAGAAAAAUUCCUACUUCAUAAUAUCAUGGUGAUAAUCUAUUGAGGAUUUAGCAUCAAACCAAACGAAAAGUAGCUACUCACUUGAACGGGUAUCAAUUGAUUUUUUUUUCCCCUUC